AUGCCAGGCUCAUCGCACCAUAACCAUAAUGAAACGAAGCCAGGCUCAUCAAAACAUAACGAUUCGAGGUCAGGCUCAGACGAUAACGAUUCAAGGAACCCGGUCUUUGCAACACCAAGAGAGGUCGUAGUGGGAGGAUCACGUGGAUGGAACUACGGGGUGGAUCUUGAAGAAUGGGCUUCCAAGACUACUUUCCAUGUCGGCGAUGUUCUUGUUUUCGAGUACAACAAUAUGACAAACCGAAGACAUGACGUGUACUUGCAAACAAAUCUGUGGAGUUACAGGACCUGCAACUUCGAAAGUAGAAAUAAGAUUGCUUCAUCGGAGGAGAAUGGAUCUAAAGAGAGUUUCAAAUUUACUCUUGCAAUGUCACAGCCUUACUCUUUUGCAUGCGGAGAGGAUAACGGCUAUUAUUGCCGUACGUAUAACAUGAAGUUCAGCGUUCUCCCAGGCGCCUGA